AUUAAGGUCGUUUUUUUUGAGUCAUGUGCUUCCUUUGGGAAAUAUCGGUGCCACCGUGGAACAAACAGGUAAAAGCAAAUUAUAUUUCUCUUUCUACAUAAUUCGCUUUUCUCCAGCACAAAGUUGACCUUUGGUUGAAUUUGUUUGGCCAUCCGCGGUGUUUGUUUCCUGCCUUUCUUCUUCUUUUUCCUUCCCUUUCCCAACGUAUAAAUUCGCCUGCGAUCGACCAUAGAUUUGUCGCGUUUUUUCUCAUCAGUUCUAAAAUCAUGCCUCGCGCUAGUCCCACCGACGGUGGCGAUCCUCGAGAGUGUCCUGAGUGCCACAGAAUUCUUGCACGCAAAGAUUCAUUGUCAUAUAAAUGCCCUUACGAUGGCUGCACGUUUUCGAAUCUACAGAAAUCUAACGUCGAUACGCAUCUAAGGACUCACACCAACGAAAAGAGCAUUGUUUGCCCGGACGUUGAUAUAUGUGGGUUCGCUACGAACGAUCCUGCUGCACUCACCCGUCAUCGGAAACGACGCCAUGACUAUGUUCCGAGGCCUAGGAAGCGCCGUGCCGUAGCCCCCCAGCCUGCUCCUAUUUCUCCAACCGAAUCCUCUAUGACGAGCUCGGACGUGGUCCCUAAUAGCAUUGAAUCUCUUGCUCCUGCCGCUGCUCCCGUGGGUGGUGAUCUCAGCCUUAUGCCUACUAUCACUAUCCCUGGGUUGUUUGCUUUUCCCGUCUUCACCCCUGCCCCAAUCCCUCAUAACUGUGACAUCUAUGGAAUGCUCCGGCCUUCGGUGUCAUGUGAGAAGAGCUCAGAACUCUCCAACCUCGUCAACGAUCCCUGUAGUGACGGAAUUUUCUGGGGACCCCUUACUCGCUCUCUGGAGCCGAAAAUCCUUUUACCUGCCUAUGAGAGCGCUUCCCCCCUACACACCACGUCUGUGCAACUUUCUUCGAAGCACGACCUUGAUGGAUUGAUUGUUCUCGCACCAACUAGCUUCACUAAUGACGGUAUUGGGAACUCAGCACUGCCCGAACUUUACAUGGCAAUUGGGUCAGUCACUGUCCUGGCAUAUUUCUGGCUGUUCAAACGACUCCGUUCCACAUUUGAGAAUCUUUUUGGCUCGGUCACGACGCAGGUUGAUUAUUCCUUCGACAAUCUACAUGGCUUUCUGAGGGAUAGCUGUAGUGUCCCGUUUGCCCCAGAUGUCUUCGACAAUGAAGAUGCUGUUGUAGUUGUUGAACAAUACGAAGAGGAAAACGAGCACGACACCGUCGCCAGACCGAAUGGCGCAUCAGUCGUCUAAAUUCAUCUUCUCGGUAAAGUCCCUUCCAAAACGUUUCAAGGUUGACGGUCAAAUUUCCCACUUUUCUUCAGUUGUCCAAUCCUUCACUUUAUCACAUCGUACUAUCCUUCUAUCCUCGCCAAUCUCUUCUUUCAGACAGUAAACCUCGUGUUUCCCUUUUCUUUCUUGAUCAAAUAGUGCAAAUACUAGGGUUCGCACUUCAUAAUCAGAAAUGCUCAGUAUUUACUUCAAGUUUGAAUUGUUCGUAUUAUCAACAUGUAACUGCAGCGGUCUGUCCCGUGAAAUGUGUCAUUAGACCUACUCUAUGUAUUCUAUGUACAACUUAUGUGCUAAGAGCUCGUCUGGUAUUCGAAUGAA